AUGGUACCAGACGUAGGUGAUAUCCUCGAUGAGCUCAAGUCAAACGUUUUGUCUGGCCUCGUCAUUGUUCUUUCUGGACUGGUGCCUCUGGGCGUAAAUAUUGAAGAUUCCGAGAUUGGCAUGCAGGCGCAGAGCUUUGGUGCCCAAGUCCUGGACAGCAUAUCUCGACGAGUCACUCACUUGGUUGUAUCACUGGCCCGACCCAGAACGAAAAAGGUGCAACAAGCGGCCAAAAUCCCGAGCAUUAAGAUUGUAAACCACAAUUGGCUCGUCGAUUGCCUUAGCCAAUGGCGCCGGUUGGACGAGAGGCCGUACUACCUCAAUGUUGCGGCAGACCGCGAGCGUUCUGAUGAUACCACGGAGGCUACGUCUGAAGCCGAAAACGUCGAGGCGGAAGCUAGGGACCUCAAAGACUUUGACUGGGCCACUGCGGACAAGGAUUUAGAAGAGUUUCUCGGUACUGAUAACGACGAUGAAGAAGAUGAGGAGCGUGAGGACGAUGAGGAGGAGGAGGAUGAGGAAGAAGAAGAAGGAGGAGGAGGAGAAGAAGAAGAAGACAGAGACAUGGACAUUGACGAUACCGUUGAGAGUGGUGCUGAAGCCGACAAGGACGGGGACACAGACAGUAGCAGGACCAACAGCCUCGUAAAGAAGGGCAAGAAACGGAAACUAGCUGUGGAUGAAGACGAGUCGGACGGCGACGGACGUAACAUAGUGGGGGAAAGCCUUCUGGCCAAGAAGCAGCGUCUAGCUCGCAACCGUGGAGCAUCCGGGCUGAGAUCCGUACGAAACACCAAUGGGGAUGAUGACGAGGACGAGGGCAGCAGUUUGCCGACGCCUGGGCCGACUAACGACGAAGCAACGGCGGUCAGCAACAAGGCGGCCGCUAUGGAGCCAGCGCCUGACGACGAGGGGGAUGCGGAUGACGAUGAGUUGGAGAGAGAGCUCCUGGCAGAGCUGGAAGCCGCAGAUGAGUAA